GCUUUGGAAAUGUUUGACAGCUAGUCGUGCAAAUUAUGGAGGAAAAAUAUUUUUCUUGACAGACAUUGGUAGUCGAUAGCCGAAUACUGAUUCUUUAGUUAGUGCCCUUCGUAUUUAACUUCUGUAUGUCUGUUUCAUUUGGAAUCUAAGCUCAGCUUUUAUGAUGAGACUCUGCGGGCUUCGGAGAGGCUCCCAUUUACUCCGUGCAAGCGGGUUAACAGAAUUUAACAUUCAGUACAGAGCAUGGGCCAGUCUACCUGAUGAAAAGAAAGACUUUAUUCAGAACGGGCCAGACCUGCAGGAUUUCUUAUCAGGGGACUUAAAAGACAAGAGUUUGUGGUCUGAGUACAGAGGCAACUUAAAGCGACAUAAAGGAGAGAGAUUAAGGCUCCCUCCUUGGUUAAAGACUGAAAUUCCAAUAGGUAAAAACUACAAUAAACUGAAAACCACUUUGCGGUCACUAAACCUUCACACUGUGUGUGAGGAAGCUCGGUGUCCUAACAUAGGAGAAUGCUGGGGAGGAGGAGAAUAUGGCACAGCAACAGCUACAAUCAUGUUAAUGGGUGACACGUGCACCAGAGGAUGUCGGUUUUGUUCAGUAAAAACAGCAAGGAAUCCACCUGCCCUGGAUCCCAAUGAGCCAUACAACACAGCUAAAGCCAUUGCAGAGUGGGGGCUGGAUUAUGUGGUACUGACUUCAGUGGACAGAGAUGACAUCUCUGAUGGAGGAGCUGAACAUUUUGCAAAAACAGUGUCUCUUUUGAAGGAAAGAAGCUCUAAGAUUCUCGUUGAAUGUCUAACACCAGAUUUCCGUGGGGAUCUAAAUGCUGUUGAGAAAGUGGCAAAGUCUGGUUUGGAUGUUUAUGCUCAUAAUGUGGAGACUGUACCGGAAUUGCAGAGGCAAGUGCGGGACCCACGUGCUAACUUUGAGCAGUCUUUACGUGUUUUGAAACAUGCCAAAAGUGUACAGCCUGACAUCAUAUCCAAGACUUCCAUUAUGCUUGGCUUAGGGGAGACAGAUGAACAAGUCUACAAUACAAUGAAAGCUUUGCGAGAUGCAGGUGUAGACUGCUUGACACUCGGGCAGUACAUGCAACCAACAAAGCGUCACCUUAAGGUUGAAGAAUAUAUUACUCCUGAAAAGUUCAAACACUGGGAAGCUCUUGGUACUGAAUUAGGUUUUCUUUACACCGCAAGUGGACCUCUUGUACGGUCGUCUUACAAAGCAGGUGAAUUCUUUUUGAAAAACUUGGUUGAAAAAAGAAAAACUAAAGCCAUUUAAAGUGUUGUGAGUGAGACGGUUAAUCCAUAGCAGAAAACGUACCAGCUUAUUAAUGGAUAAAAUACUCCAGAUGUUGUGAAUAACUGCAAGUUUAGCCGGAUAGCUUCCUGGAAGGUUAAUCUGCAGGAGAUAUGGGGAAAUACAGUGCUGAAUGCAGAAAUUCUAAUUGAAUAUAUUUUUCAGGUCAUUACACAGGUUAACAAUACCGGUGUAUGUCUCAGAGCAACGCGCCCAGUGAAACUCUACAUGAAACGUAUACAAUUAUAAAUUCAAAUUAAUAUUAUAAUAUUACAUAGCAACAUGUUUAAUGUAACUGCUAAUUUCAUGUGAUAUAAGUAUAUUUAAUUGAUAGUUUAUAAGAUAAAUAAGCUUUCUGUUACUUUAUAUUAUUUCCUCGCGUUUACUAGAUGCAUAGCAGAAAUAUUAAAAUGUGUUUCUCACCAGUGAACACUUUUAUGGCGCUGCCUAUAAACCAAGGACAUUUCUAAUCAGGUUCCUGUAGGUCAAUAUACAGUGUGUGUGUGUGAGUGUGCGCCUAUAUGUGUAAAAUGUAUAUGUAAACACUUCCAAGCAACUUGUCACUUCUUAAACAUUAAAAAUAAAAGUAAUUUAUGCCUCCUCA